AUGGAGACGAGAAAGGUUCGAACACCAUCGGCACGUUUACUGGAAGCAGCAUUGGAUGACGGAUAUACCGUGUCGUCGAUUAAAAUGCCUGAUUUGUUGAGAAGUUUCGUUGAGACUCGUGAAGAAAAAGCCAGUUCUAGGCCAGCUGAAGGUACUCGAGAGCUAAAGCCACGCGUUGACGGACAAGAGGAGCAAGGUCAGGAGCAACAGCCGCGGCGGCAGACAACGCCGGAUGCUCCCGAGCGGAAAAUUGAGAAUGAGGCACCAUCGCCGGAAGAUUUCAUCGAAGUUGGAGAUGUUGAGAAUCAUGAGAAUGACGCGGAUGAUAAUGCGGAAACGACAAUUGAUGUGGAAAAUGUGAAACAAGAGCAAAUAUUGAUUACGCAUGAAGAAGAAGAGAAUUCCUUGAGGCGACAUGUUGAGUCUAGAAUCAAGCAUGCUCGAAAGGGUUUUGAUGAUGCUGGAGAAACGUUGAGCUUGAAAACCUCUGAUUUGAGCAUUCCCAAUAAGGCGGCGCAUUUUCUUUAUUUCAGAUGCUAUGAUGAAAAGGAGGUUCAAAAGGAGUUUCCAUUGACAAUCGAUUAUAAUCGAAAGGGAUUCCAAAAUUUUCUCGUCGAGCCGCGCGUCGGACUCCGCAACACCGAUUAUUAUAUAGAUAAUUAUUUGUGGAAUCGCGGAAAAUCGACAAGCUCGAAAAAGCGAAUAUACGUGGAGGUCGAUGGAAAUCGCGUGAAGACCUCGAGAAAAAAUGUGCCCGCCGCACCAUAUGUCCUUAAUUGGUACUAUUCGAAUUUGGAAAGCAGAUUGACAAAGAAGGUGUGCUGGUUGGAGACUUGCCCUGAUGGUGUCCGAGCGAGUCCGGUGCUCGUCCAGUAUCACGUGAAUUUCGUCUCGGACGUGCCGAUCGAAUGCCGCCGAACGCCGAAAUUGUACAGCGAUACUCGCUCGGUGGCGCAGGCAAUGGAAAUGCGUCGAUUGGCUCAGCGGAAACGCGCGCGUUGCCCGAAACGCAAUUUCGAAGUAGUCGAAAACCAGAAUAUGUUCUUCGAUGAUUUGAACGGCGAUUUUUACGAAGAGACGGUCUACUAUGAGGAUGAAUCGCGAGCGCAAUCAUCGGAUGCGGUUCGAAUUGCGAGAGAUGCGACUAGAUUGAUUUGUAGAAAGCUUGAAAGCCGAAUUUCGGCAAUGCUUGACGGUCGUCUUGGCAUUGAUCCAUCGAAAACCACGACUGUUCGGGUUCCAAUUCUUCAGAAUGUUGAACUUCAGACACAAGCUGAUCAACUUGGCGAAUGGAUCAAUGCGUUGACAUCGUCAACUUCGGAUGAUGUUGACAUUGUUAUUAAUAAUGUUGUUGGAUCGAUGAGGAAGCAGCUUGAUGAUAUUCUCGCUGCUGAUGGAUCAGUUCUUACGGAAUUCAUGGAGGAGGGAAUGGCUAGCUCUUCGUCGCACGAGCCGCCGGCGAAGAGACGCCAUAUUGUGGAGCAUGAUGUAUUGAAGAAGGCGUCGGCCGAUUUUGACGGAAACCAAGAGGAAUAUAUUUACGAUGGCCAGAACAUUGUUGCCGAAUAUGUUGAGGAAGUGAUCGCCGAAGAGGUGGGAAGCAGCAGCUCGCAAGCGGAGCGCACCGUUCAGCACGAUCAAGCCGAAGAGGAUCACCGCAAUUCGAGACAGCCAUUCUUCUACAACGCCAAUCAGAGCCCCCACGACGACUAA